UAUGAUCUUGUUAUCAGUGAUCGGAUGUUUAUGUGUAAUACGUUAUUCGCUCAGGCAAUUGGUAAACAAAAUGUUCUAUAUUCUACUGGAGGCUUUGGACUCCGUCGCGGAGUACUUGGUAAUCCAUACCCAUUAUCGUAUGUACCCCAGAUGAGCACAACAUUCACACCAGAAAUGAAUCUGUUACAGCGAUGUAUUAAUGUAUUAGUUUAUUUAAUUGGAGAAAUUGUAUACCGAGUUAUGUUCGAUCCGAUGACAGAGAAUUUAAUGCGAAAAUUUAAUAUUAGUACACAUUUAAGCGGCGCUGAUUUAGAUAAUACACCGUCUCUUGUUCUCUUACCGGUCGAUUUUGCAUUGGAAUAUCCUCGACCUGUUUUACCCAAUGUUAAAAUUGUAGGUCCUUUAACACCUAGACCAGCUUCACCAUUGCCAAGUGAUCUUGAAAAGUUUGUUAACGAAUCGCCUCAAGUCGUCCUGGUAUCAUUUGGUACUAUAUUAGAUGGUCUAUCUGACGAAAAAAUUGCUAUAUUGCUUGAAGCUUUCAAUAAACUACCCUAUAAGAUCUUAUGGAAAAGUAAGAAUGUUGACUUAAAAACUGGUAAAAACGUUAAAAUCGUCAAAUGGUUUCCUCAAAAUGAUUUACUUGGUCAUAACAAUGUUGUCGCUUUCGUAACACAUUGUGGUCAUAAUAGCAUGUACGAAGCUGCGUAUCAUGGCGUUCCAGUUAUUGGUAUGCCAGUAUUUGGUGAUCAACCCGAUAAUUUACAGCAACUGUUACGAAGAGGAGUAGCAGUCGGAUUAAAUACUGGUAAUUUGACUGUCGAUGGAGUUAUAAAUGCUAUUAAAACAGUCGUUACAGACGAUCGAUAUAGUCGGAAAAUGAAGGAACUAUCGGUGGUAAUUAAGAGUCGACCUAGAACACCUUUACAGACAGCAGCAGAUUGGAUCGACUACGUAUUAAUUAGCAAUGGUGCUAAACAUUUAAGAGUAGAGAAAUAUAAUCUCAAUUUUAUACAAUACUACUUAAUCGACGUUUGUUUUGUUAUUUUAUCUAUAAUAUAUAUUAUUUUUAAGAUAUUUCAGUUUAUUUGUCGUAAAUGUUGUAGACGACAGUCAAAAAGUAAA